AUGUCGACGGAUCCGAACGAUUUAUCUGUGCUAACACCAGGACAUUUUUUGAUUGGGCAACCUCUAAUGGCGAUUCCCGAACACGACAUUGAUGACAUUCCGCAGAAUCGUUUCAAACGCUGGCAGUUAGUUAGACAAGCCCUUCAGUCCUUUUGGAAACGAUGGAGUCGAGAGUAUCUACACACGCUGCCGAGCAGACAGAAAUGGUUCCAUCAUAUUCCCAGUCUCGUUGUUGGGGAUAUCGUUGUCAUAAAUUCACCGUCUCGACCUCCAUUGGCAUGGCAACUUGGACGAGUCAUCGAGGUCCACCCAGGGCCUGACCAAGUGGUUCGUGUAGCUACUGUUAAGACGGCAGAAGGAACACUGAAACGUCCAGCCGUAAAGUUGGUUAAAUUACCCACCGACAACGCUUAA